UUAAUAAUAAUUUAUUUUUUAAUAAUGAAAAUAAAAUUAGAUUAUCUAAAUUAUAUAACAAUCAAACAUUUAUAUUAAUAAUAAUAUUAAUUAUUUAUCUUUUUAUUGUUCUAGUAACAGUUGUAAAAAUUACUAAUAUUUUUUUUGGACCUUUACGAUCAUCAAUAUAAUAUUUUACUAAUGAUAAAUAAUUAUAAACCUUUACGAAAAACUCACCCCAUUUUUAAAAUUAUUAAUGGUUCAUUAAUUGAUUUACCCUCACCAUCUAAUAUUUCAACAUGAUGAAAUUUCGGAUCUUUACUAGGAUUAUGUUUAAUAAUUCAAAUUUUAACUGGAUUAUUUUUAACAAUAUAUUACACUGCUAAUAUUGAAAUAGCAUUUUUUAGUGUAAAUUACAUUUGCCGAAAUGUAAAUUAUGGAUGAUUAAUUCGAACUUUACAUGCUAAUGGAGCAUCAUUUUUUUUUAUUUGUGUUUAUCUCCAUAUUGGACGAGGAAUCUAUUAUGAAUCAUUUAAUUUAAAAUAUACUUGAAUAGUGGGAGUAAUUAUUCUAUUUUUAUUAAUAGGAACAGCUUUCAUAGGUUACGUUUUACCUUGAGGACAAAUAUCAUUUUGAGGAGCAACAGUUAUUACUAAUUUAUUAUCAGCAAUCCCAUAUUUAGGAAAUAUACUAGUAAAUUGAAUUUGAGGUGGAUUUGCUGUUGAUAAUGCAACAUUAACACGAUUUUAUACAUUUCACUUUCUUCUCCCAUUUAUUCUCGCAAUAAUGACAAUAAUUCACCUAUUAUUUUUACACCAAACAGGAUCUAAUAAUCCUUUAGGUAUUAAUAGAAACUUAGAUAAAAUUCCCUUUCACCCAUUUUUUUCACUCAAGGAUUUAGUGGGAUUUUUAAUCAUAUUAUUUAUUUUAAUUAUAUUAACCAUAAUUAAUCCAUAUCUUUUAGGAGACCCAGAUAAUUUUAUCCCCGCUAAUCCAUUAGUUACCCCUGUCCAUAUUCAACCUGAAUGAUAUUUUUUAUUUGCCUAUGCAAUCUUACGAUCUAUCCCCAAUAAACUAGGAGGAGUUAUUGCUUUAAUCAUAUCUAUUUUAAUUUUAAUUAUUCUACCUUUAACCUUUAAUAAAAAAAUUCAAGGAAUUCAAUUCUACCCAAUUAACCAAAUUUUAUUUUGAUCUAUAGUAACUACAGUUAUCUUAUUAACUUGAAUUGGAGCCCGACCUGUAGAAGAACCUUAUAUUAUCACAGGACAAUUACUUACUAUUAUUUAUUUUUCUUAUUUUAUUUUUAACCCUUUAUUGAGUAAAUAUUGAGAUAAUUUAAUUUUUAACUAAUUAA